AUGGAGGAACGAUUUGAUACAUUACAUCAACAAUUGGAAAAAUUCAGUGUACUUUUCGACUUUGUCGAAUUAUCUAAUGAAGCGAUCAAGGAGAAAUCGUUGGUUUUGCAGGAAUAUUUACAAGAUCCAAGGACAGGCGAGUCGGAUAUUGAUUCACAAGAGUUAUGCGAAGAACUCGAGUCUUUGAAGAUCUUUGUAACCGGACAGCAAACCAUCAAGGCAAAUUGGCAACGGGAUGAACGAGAAAAACCAUCGUUUAAUAAACAGGACGUUGACAGGCGAGACUCUCAAACUUCAAGGCAAAUCGUGGAACAGAAGGGUCCAGUAGCCACAUCCAGCAACCAAGGAUUAGGUGGAGCCAAAGUUCCAUGUAAUACGAUGGCCGAUUUGGUUUUGCAGAUAGACUCGAAUAAUCAUAAUGUGGAAGCAAUUGUAGUUCCCAAUGAGGUAAUGACAGUUAAUGUUGUGUUAGGUCGAGAUUUCCUUCAAAAUGUGCAGUGGGAAUUCAACGAGAAAGGAAUUCUCUUUAAACAGAAGGAGGUGAUGGCCGAGGUGUAUUCAAUCAUGAACAUUCAAGUUGACAAUAAUGACAUUGAUUUGAACAUUAAUCCGGGUGUCGAGGAAGCAGUUAAGUGUCAAGUGAAACGAUUAAUAACCGAGUGUGUUAAAAAUGGUGAUAAUACUAACGCGAGUGAAUCGGUGUUAAAAUUAAAAAUUGAUUUAAGAAAUGACAAACCAGUUCGUUGUGCACCACGGCGACUUGCGUAUCAUGAACAUAAAAUCGUUGAUGACAUUAUACGCGAUUUGUUAAAUAAGAACAUUAUUAGACCUAGUUCUUCGGAAUAUUCAAGUCCGGUAGUGUUGGUUAAGAAAAAGACGGGAGAAUCACGAAUGUGUGUAGACUAUCGCGAGCUUAAUAAAAAUGUAAUAAAAGACUGUUUUCCCCUACCUGUUAUUGAUGACCUCAUAAAUCGGCUGGCAUCAGCACAGUAUUUAACAACACUCGAUUUAAAAAAUGGGUUUCUUCCAGGCCCGUAG